AUGGUUUCAUCGCGAUUUUUAAAUAAAAUUCUGUUCUUCAAUUUUGGGAAAAAAGGAACUCAAGGUUUACUUUUUUCGAUCACGUCAUAUUUGGCUGGUUCAUUAUUGCAGAUUGUAUUGGAACACGCUUGUGCUAAUUUGGAUCGAAAAAUUGGAUUAACUGUGGAUGGUAUUGUCAUCCCAUUGCCACCGAUGGAGGGCUUAAUUGUUCUUAAUAUCCCUUUUUGGGGUGCAGGGUACAACCUUGGGUCAGCUUAUUUUUUCUGCAAGCUAUCGAUGACCGUUAGUUCAAACCAUCGUUUUUGA